AUGGCCAGCGCAGUGACGUUGUUCCCUCCGUGGCAAUUCGACAAUUGGAAGAGAGUAGACGACUCUGUACGCGGAGGAGCUUCCAUUUCAUACUUGACAUCGUGGCAAGAUCCUAAUGGACAUCAAACGGGCGCGUCAUUUCACGGCCAUUUGGAUAUCACUGUACUCGGAGGUGCAGGCUUUGCUUCGCAAAAGUUUGAAUUCGACAAGCCCUUUGAACCAGGAAAAGUCGACACAGGCAAGAGCUGCAUUAGACUAUCCAUAGUACCCAUCUCGCAUUCGUCACCAAAUACUCCCUCAGACUUUGUCGUCACACUCAAAACGCAACCUCCCCCACCACGCUCGCAGCCCAAACCGAGGUCGCAACUCGUCUACGAAGCCUCCUUUACACUCUCUUCUGCUCCUGAAAUAGUUCUUCCAUUGGAUACCUUUGUCCCGACGUACCGUGGUCGAGAGGUGAAGCGGGGUGACCCACAUUGGCGGCCAUUCGAUCCCCAGCGCAUUUACGAGAUUGGACUCAUGUGCCGAAGCAACUUUGGCAAGCAGAGUGGAGACUUCGAAUUGGUUGUCUCGCGCAUUGACAUUGUCUGCACACCAAGCUCGACUCGCUGGAGACGGACGAUGAACCGCAUACGAAAAUGGCUCUGCUUGAGCUCUUACUUUAUAGAGGAAUAA